UAGUAUUCAUAACCAACGAACUUGUGAAAGACCAUCUCUUCAAGACCUCAAACAACAAGCGAUGUGUCACGGAGCACCAAAUGAUCGUCUCUUUCGUCAAUUGAUACAAAAUUGUCGUGUUAUCACAGAUUAACUAAUGUUUUUCCCAGAUGAAGAAUGAUCAGUAAUCAUAGUUGACGUAAUUACAAGUGUUAUAACGAUAGCAAUUUGAGUUACUGCGUACGUAUAUUGGAAACGUACGUAUUACGUAAGACGACAAGCAUUCGGAUAACAUAUAUUGACACAGAGCCUGUGAUUGCAAGUUUAAUAUAUUAAAAUGAAGGUGUUGCUAUCGGUCGUUUUUGUAAUUUUGGCUUUUGACCAAAUCGCUAGCAGUUACCGAAUUCUUGGUAUAUUCCCAUUAAAUGGCAAGAGUCAUUGGAACAUGCAAGAAGCACUGAUGAAAGAAUUGGCGAGACGUGGUCACCAAGUAGAUGUGGUCUCGCAUUUCCCGAUGAAGAAACCAAUACUUAAUUACAAUGAUAUCAGCCUAAAGGGCAGUAUGCCGCAAGUUACGAACAAUAUGACCGCGACACAAUUACAAAUCUUCGCAUCAAGCACCCCAUCUAUGUCCGCUUUCGUUCAGAUGACCGGAAACAGCAUUUGCGCUCUGUUGAAUCAUCCAAAGAUACAAGAACUGAUCAAGAACCCACCACAAGAUCCUCCUUAUGAUAUUGUCAUUCUAGAGUUGUUUACAGCUCCGUGCUACAUGGCUUUCGGCCGUUAUCUCAAAGUCCCCAUGGUUGGAACGGUAGCAAGUGUUUUUCACGAUUGGCUUUCUGAGGUGUCCGCCAAUCCGCUGAAUCCUGCUUAUAUCCCGAACAUGUUCUCGGCAUACAGUCAACACAUGAAUUUCAAAGAACGUUUGUCAAAUUUCCUGUUGACGCAUUAUCUUUCUUGGCAAUUUCAUUAUUAUACAAAUAGCCAAUUGAAAUUAGUAAAUGAGCACUUCGGCAUGAACUUGCCACAUAUCAAAGACUUAUACAAUGAUAUAUCUUUAUAUCUGGUCAAUUCUCAUCACUCAUUAAAUGGAAUCAGACCGAUGACCACUAACGUGAUCGAAGUCGGAGGUAUGCAUCUGAGCAACGAUGAUGAUCCAAUGUCACCGGAAUUGCAAAAAUGGUUAGAUGAAAGUAAGGAUGGUUGCAUUUACUUUUCAUUCGGUUCUAUGGUGAGGAUUGAAACUUUUUCUAAGGAAUUGUUGCAACAAAUUUACGCGUCUUUCGAGAAAAUCGCACCGGUUCGUGUACUGAUGAAAGUCGCGAUAAAAGACGAUUUGUUACCAGGAUUACCAAAGAAUGUCAUGACGCAAUCGUGGUUCCCGCAGAUCGCCGUUCUCAAACAUAAAAACACACGAGCUUUUAUUACGCAUGGCGGGCUUCAUUCGACGCAAGAAACAAUCUAUUGCGGGGUUCCUAUGAUUGGAAUUCCCCUGUUUGGUGAUCAACGCGUCAACAUUCAAAAUUAUGUCAACAAGAAGGUGGCUAUUUCGUUGAACUCAAUAACCGAUGUUACUGAGGAGAAAUUAACUUCGGCAAUAAAAAACAUUCUGAAGGAUUCCACUUAUCGUGAAAAUGUCCAAAAACUGUCGAAGCUAUUCCUCGAUCGACCGAUGAGUGCCAUGGAUACAUCUAUAUUUUGGGUGGAAUAUGUAGCGAAAUACGGAAACGUGCUUCAAUCGCCAGCAAUUAAACUCAAUUGUUGGCAACGGAAUCUAAUAGACAUUUAUGUAUUUAUAUUCGUCGUAAUUAUUAUAGUGCUUUAUGUCGCACUAUUUAUCCUCCGAAAAUUAAAAAAGCUCUUGUUUGGAUCGCACGCUUGCGCAAAGAAGGACAACGCAACAAUGAAGUUGAAGAAGAAUAAGUGAACAUGCUGUACAAAAUAAUAUUUUCCUCUAUUUUAAUUAAUUCAACACCUUAGAGAUCAUUAUUUUUGAUACGUACGAAACAAUGUCAAAAUGUUGUUAAAAACAACAUCCAUGUUUAAUGCUGUACAUACAUAGUGUUUUAAUAAAAUAUAUGUUUAAUUAA